AUGAUUCGAUGGUCUCGUCGUUGUCGUUUCGCUUGCCUAUUGGGUGGCCACGACGGAAUCAGUUUAUCUCCUCCCGCGAUUGAGGAAAAUCAACGACGGCGACGACGAUAAUAGGCGUACUAAUUAUUUCCCUCGCGGGACGGGGCUGGAAUGGAUUCGACUUCCAAGACCGAAAGGACGUUCGCGCAGGGAGGCGGAGGGUUAGAAGCUGACUCUAGAGACGCCACACUGCAGGCAAACACCAAGUGGGGGGGGGGGGGAAGGAAGGGGAGAAGAAGGCGAGACGGAGGGAAAAUCCAGAGAGGCUCAACGGGAAGAAGGCAUCCACCGCCAUGGAAGAUCAGGGGAGAACGACGGAGGGGAAAGAGAAGAGGGAGGGAGAGGAGGGGAAGCGAACGAGGGCGCGAGGACGAAGGCGAGGGCGAGGAAGAGGGGGACCAGGGACGGUCUGGGAUUUCGCAUCGACACUCCUUCCUGGUCCUGAUUCGGAUUACUGGGUAUUUACUUGGAUUACAGUAUUAUCUGGAUGAUUGAUGGUCCCAUAAACCCAUUCCACGAGGCCCGACAAGAGACCAGACAUCCGCUAAACCCAAAUCUCGUGCGGCUCUCGCCC